GAAGUAUUGAUAUGCGGAAGUGUUAUAAGGAAAACAAACGAAUAAAUCCACGAACUCGAAAUAGUAAUAGAAGGGAAAAGCGUCACUGAUUCUUUCUUCUGAAAACAAACAAAAAAAGUCCCACUUGAUUCAUAGACAUUACCGACGAAAGAAAAAAAUUAAGAUGGAGUUUUUAUUUGGGCGGAGGAAGACCCCAGAGGAGAUGCUGAGACAGAACCAGCGAGCCCUGAAUAGAGCCAUGAGAGAUCUAGACAGGGAGCGCCAGAGACUGGAACAACAAGAAAAGAAAAUCAUAGCUGACAUAAAGAAAAUGGCCAAACAGGGACAGAUGGAUGCAGUUAAGAUAAUGGCCAAAGACUUGGUUCGCACAAGGCGAUAUGUAAAAAAAUUCAUAAUGAUGAGAGCCAACAUUCAAGCAGUCAGUCUCAAAAUCCAAACCCUCAAGUCAAACAACAGCAUGGCACAAGCUAUGAAGGGAGUCACAAAAGCCAUGGCCACAAUGAACAGACAGUUGAAAUUGCCACAAAUUCAGAAGAUCAUGAUGGAGUUUGAGCGCCAAAGUGAAAUUAUGGAUAUGAAGGAAGAGAUGAUGAAUGAUGCAAUUGAUGAUGCAAUGGGAGAUGAGGAUGAUGAAGAGGAGAGUGAUGCUGUGGUUUCCCAGGUGCUAGAUGAGUUGGGCCUUAAUCUUUCAGAUGAGCUAUCAAAUCUGCCGUCUACUGGUGGGAGCCUUUCAGUUGCCGCUGGGAAGAAAGCUGAACCGCAAGCUACUCUGGCAGAUGCAGAUGCUGACCUGGAAGAAAGACUGAAUAAUCUCAGGAGAGACUGAAUCAAACAGGACUUUUGGUUGAGGCUUUAGUACAGAAAUAAGUGCAUAAAGCUUUCUAACACUUCACUGAAAUGUUAAGUCAUUAAAGCAGAAGAUGGAGGAUCACUGCAAGAUUUGGAUGCAGUCUGUUUGUUUUAAUAUAAGGCACUCUUAUGUGAAUGUGUUUUCUUUUUCAUUUUUUCUAUUGGAAAUGUGCAGUAUGAUAUUCUAUCAAACAAAUGCUUCAAACAAAGAUUUUCCAAUGGUUUCCAGGACAUUCAUGCCACACAGAUCUUAUUUUAAUAAUGAAAGCUUUUACUGGAUAAAAAGUCUAUAGCCAAGGUACCUUGCUGGAAAUUGGUGACAGGAAUAAACACUAAGUAGUACUACCUUUAAAAGGACAUGCUUUCUGCCAUCAGUCUACUCAAAUAAAUGUUCGUGGGAAAGAAAAUGGUCUUUUAUAUUAGUGCAAAAUGAGUUACUACAAUCUUAAAAUCUGUAUGUAUUAAGUUACCUCAACUAUUUCUCCUCUAUACUAUGUCACAUUAAUAUCAUGGUUUUAUUACAGAUUUGUAAGUCUUUUAAGGAUGGUGGUUUAUAUAUUGCAGUGCUUAAAAAUGUACUGGUACCAGGUCAUGAUUAGAAAAUGCUUCUUAUACUUUCCUAAAUUGUUCUUUACUCACCAUCACAGUAUAGUGGCCCAUUACAUAUCUACAGAUAAUCAUUCUUCACUAGAUUCUCCCAGUUAAGUACAUUUUACUUGGUAAAAGGGUUCAGACAAAAUUUAUGGAUAUUGCUGUAUUAUAGUAUUUAUCUAAAAGUAAAUGGGGAUGUAUUUUGCCUUGUUCUUUUCCUCAAUAAACAUUUUUCACAAUUA